UGCCACGUCAGCAGUGCCAGAUCAGCAGUGCCACGUCAGCAGUGCCACGUCACAGUGCCCAGUCACAGUACCACGUCAGCAGUGCCACGUCCGCAGUGCCAGAUCAGCAGUGCCACGUCCGCAGUGCCAGGUCACAUUGCCACGUCAGACAUAGUGCCACGUAAGCAGUGCCACGUCAGACGCAGUGCCACGUCAGCAGUGACGUUCAACACAGUGCCACGUCAGCAGUGCCACGUCAGCAGUACCACAGUUGAGAGACAGCACCGGUACCUGACGCAACAGCAUCAGGARUUGGCGACGCUCCGCCGCACAGUGCAGAGCCACGAGGAUGCAACUCGGGCACUCAAUGCCCGAUUGUUGGACCUGGAACAGGCUGUACUAGGACCAGCUGCUGGAGCUUCCAGCAGUGCACCCUCAAGCCGCCAACUGGAGGACCGCGUUGACCAYGUAGUGGCAAUGCUYGGCGACAUCAGCACCUUCGCUGCRCCGACCACCACCAUCARCARUCAGCUGCAUACAUUGRAGACCGAGGUCCARAAGCUGCAGUCGACRAACGCGGACGACAAUCCGAAGAUGUACAAGAUGCCAACUUUCAACCUGGAGAGGUUCGACGACUACACGCAGCAGGAUCCCGUCCUCUGGUGGGAAGCAUUCACAACGCAACUCUGGAUUCUGCCAGUAGCCAAGCAUGCGUACAUCGGCGCCCUGUUCCUGAUCUCAAAGGGCGGAUGCCAGACCUGGUUGAGCCACCUGGCAACCUCCCACGGCGUCGACGUACCAGACUUGAAGGACGUAAUCACAUGGGAGGAACURACACGGCUGUGGAAGAAGCGGUUCAUCGUCGACGACGCGYCGRCACUCGCCAUCAACCGUUUGUUCACCAUGUCACAGGGCAACACARCAACACSGGACUGGCUCACGGAGUGGCAGAAGAUUGCGGCUGUGCCCAAUCUGAACCUACCAUUCGAGCAUCUACGCCGUGAGUUCUACAACAGGUCCUGUGCGGCAUUGAUCCAGGCUCUUGGUGAUCGCGAGCAGUACUCAACCUUCGCGGAGAUCAUUGACAAAGCGAGGGAGAUCAUCAAGACCAACAAGUCAGUUGCACACGAGAAAUCAACAUCAUGGCAGCCGACCUAUGUGGAGAAGGCACGAACUGGUCCGCGACAGCAGCACUUCGCUGCAGUCCAGCAGGACAGUGGAAAUAACCCAGCAGCCACUCCAGUAUCCAGUGACGGAGAUCAGGUGGCCGCUGUCCAGCCGCGAAGCACCAACAAGUCCCGCAACAAUGGGAAGGCGAAAUCAGCAUCGCAGGCCGGAAAUGGACAGCCAGGACAGUUUCCAUGGGUCAAGUUUGGCUUGACCGAGGCGGAGUACAAGAUCCGCGGCCGCUACGGCAGCUGCUAUUGGUGCAACAGCACCAAGCACAAGACCUCCCUGUGCCAAGAUCAGGGCAAGGAGGAUGUGCGACCCCGCCUYAGCUCGGGAAACUGAGCUCCGCGGAAG